AUGCGACUCGACCCGCCCACCUCCACGGGACCACCCAAAACAAAAAGGAAGCGAGCUUAUCGUCAGCCUUCAGCACCACUAUGCUCACUGUCAUCUCCAUUGCUAUCGUCAUCCACAUCAUCCUCAUUCUACCUCGAGGACGCUUCCUGCAAUCCGUACCUCUCCUACUCACGUGGUAUCACUAUCGAUAAUACCCUCACCCCGGAGAACCCUACCACCACCAGCGCCACCAUCAGCAUCGUCGCACCCCGUGCCAGCGACACUCGCUUCGACAUCGCCACCAGCAGCGUCUCUACCGACUGUUCCACAGUCAGCCAAGAUGGAGUCCAUCAACCAGAGGACGAACCUAAGACUACCACUGCCUUUUAUGUUACUUCCGUUUCUACUUCAUCUAACCUGCCGGGAUUCAACGUACGUAAGAGAAGAAGUCAGGAACCUAACUUUACCCCACGUCCGGCCAUUCCAGCUGGCCAAUCGCUUAUAUGCAACACGUGUCAUGCCGAUCACAGCUCAACGCCAGGAUUGUACCCACGGAAAAGGAAGUCUUGCUACCAACGACGAGGCUUUACUAUCACCGGAAGUAGCGCCAGCUCGCACCGGAUCAGUCGGAAGAUUUCCGCUCUCCCAAAGACGAACCUCGUCUCCUCGAGUCGGAGCCUUCCUUCUCACGAUGACCUUGUUUACACUGCCUUUAAUCAUCAGCACCGUGUCGACGACGACGACGACGACGACGACGACGACGGCGACGACGAAGACGAGAAAGGGGAAGACGAUGGGGAUCGCGAGGACGAGGACGAAAAUGAGAUGGAGAACUGUCGACAAGGUUAUGACGAAGUUGAUUAUGACAAUAUGGAGUAUUCCUGCUCGUGUCUCCUUCCCUACCGCGUGGAGAAGCCUGAGGAAUCCAGGUGGCAGAAGAGAACGAAGCUGGAGACGACGAAGAUGGAGGCGAAGACGAUGGAAGCCAGACCGGAGAGAUCAUCUUCCUCAGGGAACGAUACUCCGCACGAGACGACCACGUGCGUUGAUGUGCCCGGUGGUAAAUUCUAUAAUUCCAUUGGAUACGCGUCUAAAAUUUUAUCACCUGGUUAUCACGAUAACCUCCAGGAUGACGAGGAAGAGUGUGUGCAUUUUAGUACGGAGGAACCUCCACGAUAUCAUGAUCGUCAUCAUCGUCGUCGCUGUCGCUCUCGUCACAAGGACAGCACCGACUUCGACGAGGUCUCUCCUGAAGAGAACAUCGUCGCGACGAAGGAGAACGAUUACACUGCCCGGUUGGCGAAGUCGAUCGUCAGGAAGAGGGAACGCAGAAGGUCACAGAUGUACGGGGAGGGUACAGGGAAGUCAAGAAAAAAGUUACGAAGCGAUCGACCCGGUAGGAGAUGUUACGGUCUUCUUCUGGUGCUGUACCUCCUGGCCCUGCCCAUUCUCUGCGCGACGAACCCCUCGGCCCAGGUCGCCUCAGGAUUCGCACAAAAGCAGCCGCCCCUCACCCACAGUCAGAAUUUCACCCAGCGCAACUCGUCCGUAUACUCUCAGCCAGCCGAUGAGGAAGUGCAAGCGGAGUAUCUUCAGCAGAAGAAGCUGGUGGAGCAGGAAGUGUAUGAAGAGGAAGAUGCUAGUACGAACAUGCGGGGUCUUCCGGCAUCAGGAGUGCACCCUUACAACGAAUACACCUGGGAGGUCAAUCAGAUAAACCCUUGGCUGUCGGCCUGCGACCUGGCGGGACCAGCGCCGGCCGACCUUCAGGGUAGCUGCGGUCCCCCGGAAGUGCCCAAGGUCUGUCCGAUGCUCUGCGAGGUAUCGUCGCGGGGCGACGUCUUCGGCGAGGUCGUCGAGCAGACCAGGAUCGGUACGAGUAGUGCUAUCUUUACGACGUCGCCGUUACCCCCGUCAUCAACGUCGGCAUCCUCCUCGUCGUCCACGUCCUCGGCCACGACCACGAGCACCAGGAGCACCAAGACCACCACGAGGAAAACGUCGCCGAUCAGGACCACGAAAACGAACGAGAUAAGCCAGGAGAAUGUUCAGGAUCACGACGAUAUCGAACGGAUGGCUCCGGUACAGUGCCUUUUUUACCUCGAGGAGUCGCACAAGAGGGAUGUCUGUCAUGAGGAGUUCGGUUUGCGCAGUCGGAAAAGUUUUGUAACCGUAAGGGAAAAUCGCUAUUGGUUUAUAAGUGGCCUGCGUCUACGGCAUUGCUGCGAGCACGCUGUCGUGAACGCCCUGGCUCCCGGUAAGGGUGGCCCGCUCGAGGAUGUUUUGAAUGGAGGUCGGAGAUGUACAGCUGCCUUGGAAAAAUUAUUGGCUGUGGACGCACUCGCUGCCAGGCUUCACUGUGAAUUCGAGGAAGUAUUAGCGCGCUACGACUGUGCCCAGCCCUAUUCGGUUAUCCACAACUGCACCCACUGCAAGGAGGCGUAUAGAAAAUGGGUGUGCAGCUCCCUGGUGCCUUACUUUGCUCAUAGGGGACCGCUGAACUCAGGAGUGAUUAGGAAAACGUUGAGGGGUGCAAAAAUACGGCCAUGUCGUACAUUCUGCCAGGCGGUCGAGCAACGUUGCCCCUACUUGCUUCCGGGGGAUCGUGCCCCUGCUUACCCCACGCAAUACGCCGGCGAACCCACGUUUCUUUGCAGAGAUCCCAACAUCCCCGAAACGGGCGGCCAAGCCGAGAGGUCGUUGACUGCGAAUGACAACGACACAUGCUGCUUCCAAGAAUGUGCACCGGGUUUUCCUCACGCCGGUAUAUGUUCCAAUUGCUCGAGGAUGCAGAUCAUCGAGAGGGACGGUUUCAAGGCAGCGUCGGCUCCGCACUGCGAAGUCACGGUGCCCCUCACGGCGUCCACAGGUCAGCAGCAGCAGCAGCAGCAACGGCAGGACGCAGCUAAUCCCCAGGAGUCGUUCGAUGCCGACAAGGAAUACAACCCCGACCUCUCGUCGACCCUGACGCCCCUGGCGAACGAGCAGGGUACAAGCUUCUGCGGAAGCGGCGGCGUGGGCUCGAUGACCACCUCAUCCUCGUCAUCCCGGAGUACCCAACCCUCGGUGCCCUUCUCUAUGAUCUGUCUAUUCUGGAGUUGGGGCGUACUGAUCACCCUCUGCACCGGCAAGAUUACCGAGCACCUUGUCACCCUGGCACGCACCAGGACUCCCCUGCGCAGGAUCGUCCUCGCUCCUGGCGCUCUCGGUUCAGUGGCCUUCGGUGUUUCGAGGACGAUCGUCAGACUCGCAGGGAUCACCCUGACCUUCCGAUCCUUUCAUAAUAAAGUGAAGUGCUGCUGGUGCUCGUGCUCGUGCUCGUGCUACGGGUGGUGGUGGCGGUGCUGCUACUGGUGGUGGUCCUUGUGGAACGGGUGCUGGAGGUAUAGGAUUGAUACGGCCCUGCCCGGGCUGCUGGAUCGUCAUAUGAGGAACCGUAGUCGACCGGCGCGAUUCAAGCGUCCCCGUCGUCGAAAGAGACGCCGCAGACGGUAUCGCGGGAGAGGGAGACAGAGAGAGAGAGAGAGAAGCCUCUGGAUAUUCGACAAUUGAUAAUAAAUUGAUAGGCGCGAUUAAUAAUUGAUUACGUAGACGGUACGACGGGGGGAAGAAAAACGUGUGCGGGACGGAGCCGUGAUUAUACGCGUAUAAGAGAAUAAUAUAAGGGAAGCAGAGACAGGCCCGAUGCGAGAAGAAAAUUUCGAGGGGAAACGGGUAAAGGGAGACGGAAUUAAAUAAUAAAAGGGGCCGAAUGGGGAUACGCUCGAGGAUACGAGGCCGUGGGAAGGCAUACGAAGGAGGGAGGAUCCGGGGCUGGAAAAACGGGAUUAAACAUCGGCAGUUCAGUUCCGAGAUAUAUGGAGGAUGUAACGCUAAUAAUAAUAAUGAUAACAAUAAUACAAUAAUAAAAUAAUAAUAAUACGGAAUAACGAUAAAAUAAUAUUGCCGGUAACGAUAUAAUAAUACAAUUAUUAUACACUACUUACGUAUAC